AUAAUAUUUACACCACACAUUGUCCUUAGACAGGACAUCUCCCCUGCCUCCAACCGUCUCCUCGCUGCUGCAUUUACCACCCAAGCUUCACAUCCAUAUAAGAGUGUUGGUACCACUAUACAGUGGACCCCCGCAUAACGAUUACCUCCAAAUGCGACCAAUUAUGGACUUUUUCCCCCUGGUCAAGGUGCAACGAUUGGAGUUGAUUUCAUGAUCAAGACUGUUGAGAUUGAGGGAGAGAAAAUAAAGCUUCAGAUUUGGGAUACUGCUGGACAGGAGAGAUUUCGUUCCAUCACACAGUCAUAUUACCGUUCAGCUCAUGCUCUGAUCUUAGUGUAUGAUAUAUCCUCACAGCCUACAUUUGAUUGUUUACCGGAUUGGCUGCGAGAAAUUGAACAAUAUGCCAGCUGCAAGGUUCUUAGAGUACUUGUUGGAAACAAAACAGACCGAGAAGAUCGAGAGCUUCCCACACAUGUGGGUGAAGAGUUUGCCCACCGCCACAACAUGUAUUUCAUUGAGACUUCUGCUAAAGAAGCCGACAAUGUAGAGAAACUGUUUAUUGAAAUCGCCAAGGAACUUACGCAGCUUGUUCGAAGUGGACAUUUUGACAAGGAUAACAAGGUUGGAGACUUGUCACCCCAAGAUACAUCAAAUGUUGCUCUUCCUCCAACAAGGCAAACUCGCUCUGAAUUUGCAUGCUGCUCUCGUUGGAUCUCCUCAUCUACAAUGUAGUCCAGCUGGAAACUUAUGGCUAGCAAUGGAUAGCAAGGUUGGAGACCUAUCUCCCCAAGAUGUAUCAAAUGUUUCUCUUCCUCCCACGAGGGAAACUCGCUCAGACUUCGCAUGCUGCUCUCGUUGGAUUUCUUCGUCUUCAACGUAGCCAAGCUGGGAACUUUGGAUAUGCGGUGAUGUGUUGUUGGAAGUUGAAUACUCGGUUAUAGUACCAAACAUUGCUGACAGCAUAUAGUUUCAUGAAGAAAUUUUAACAUUGAUAAAUGUUGAAAGUUUUAUUAUUAUUAUUAUAUAACAGGUUUAAUUUCCUCUCAUUUUAUUUAAAUAUUUUUUUAUAUACUGAGAGAAGCUUUGAAUUAAUGGUAAUUUUGAUGUAACAUCCUUGAAAUGAUGUAAACAUUCUGAAAGUUGUAUUUACAAUAUCUAGUGAUUGCAUGAGAUUUGUGUGGUUGAUUAUCAGUUAGAAAUUGUUUUAGAAGACAAAACUAUAGCUGGAGUUCAUCAUUGAAGUUAUAGGAUAAAUUUAUUAUUUAAAGUCUUGAAGAUUACACUGCAGAACUCAGACACAUUUUGAAAAACCCUUGACUUAAAAAAUGUAUAGUCUGAGGGCUAAAUACACUGGAAGCAUAAUACACUAGGUGAAUUUGCUGUUUUGUAAAGUAAUAAGUUAGUUAAGUGGUGCUUAUCACUAUACAAUACUUAUUUUCAAUAACUGUGGGUUAACUACCAGUAUUUAAUAUUUCCUUAUGCUGUGAAAUCUCAAAGCAGUAUCAAGUACCAGGGAAAUUAUUAAAUUUCUUAUACCAAGAAUAAUAAGGACUGCUUUCCUGUUGAUUGUAUUUAUACAGCGUUAAAUACGAGUGUGCGUUAAUCUUUUUUUUAUUAUAUUUCUGCUGUUAAAUGUGCAUUGAAGUCUGUUGUAAAAUUACUAAGUAUCUCCAGUAAGUAAUUUUGAUUUCAAUUAGUAUUAAUAACAUAUCUCUUAUGUUGUCAGACGUUACUUAAAAAUCACACACACACACACACACACACACACACGCACAGCAUUUUUAGGUAUAUUUAUAAUCUGGCUGUGAUAAGAUACUGAAGUGCAGUAUUCCAAUGUUGUCAGCAGUACUUCAGGGUGAUCAUAAGGUCACACAAGUACACCACACAAGAUGUACAUUUCAUUGUUGUACAAUCAUCACUGAUAUUGUGUGUACCAUAUUUAUGUUGAAGUGCAUUGUGUAAAUACCUAAUAUUCAAAUUAUUUCUUAUUAUUUAUAGAUCUUUAUUUUUUUACUUUAAGAGUUUUAGUUUUAUUUCUUACAUAUUAUUUAUAUUAAAAAUAUAAUUUUGUUCUACCUUAAGUAUGGCCAGUGUACUUACUUUAUUCAGCAUUAUUUCAGUCUUUGGGCUUCAUGGUAUGGAUGCUUAUGAUGUCACAGCUUAAAUAAGUCAUGGUUAUGAAAUACAAGGAUAAUUAUGGAGGGAUUAUUUAUUUUUGGAAUAAAUUUGUUUGUUUCACUAAGAUUGUGCAAUCUGAAGCACUGGAGCUCUUACACUUUUAUUUUAAAGAGAGAUUUCCACUUAUUGUACUUGUGCACAUAAAAGAAAAAUCAGGUUGGGUUAAAACUCAACUUUCCUACCUUUGAAUUCUGGUGAUGAAAGUAAUUGUGAAAUUAAGUGUUCCAUUGUUGUCUGUACCAUAGUAUAUGAAGGUAAUUACCGGUCAGUGAUAAAUAAUUCUUUUACAUUCUUAUUUUCAGGCUUAACAUCAAAAUUAGCUACUUAAACACCUUUUAGAACAAAUGUGAAAAAGUCUGAGUAACAUACAUUGAAUAGUAUGAAAGUAUUACAACUCAAAUAUUUUUGGUCUAGUUAGAGAACCUUUUUCAGUCUUGUAUUAGUAACCUUGAUGUUACAAAAGAACAAGAACCACAGUUAUACAUUUACACAUAUUUACUUUGUGUACACACAAAAUGGAGAUGGGUUCAAGUGUUCCAUUGGAUAAACAAAAACUGGUUAAAAGACAGAAAGCCUGAUACAGUAUUUGAUAGAUGUGAACAGUCUACUGCUAGGCUUUUCAAAACUCAUGGUAAAUGCUAAACAUAAUGUAGUAGGGUGUAAGGGAAAGGAGGCUGGAGAUGCUGUAUUAUAUGCAAGGAUUACUGCAAUGAUUUAUGCAAGGUUGGCAAAAGUGAAGACUGUCUUCAAGGUACUUGAACAAGGAAUAAUUAAAGAUAUGCAAGACCAGCCUUUUACUAUACUGUACAGUGUUAGCAUGAGGCCCCUUUCUUACAUAAAACCUGGAGGGACUGUAGAACAUUUAAACACUUGACACUAGAUUAAUAAUGGAGCAAAGGGCAUUAACUACUUGCAUAGAAAGAAUAAAAACUGAAAUUUGAUCACUAGUGGAGCAAAUAAUCCCAUCAAAGCCAGCAGUUCUUAACCAAGAAGGGGUGAGAGUAAUUUCCAGGGAAACAUGAACUUGGAGCAAAAAUAAGGAAUGUGUUGUGUAUUUGCGAUAUGCUUCUUAAAAAAGAAAUUACUUUUAACCAUUCAAGACCCUUACAGGUCAAGCACUUGGUUAUGAUUAUAAUAAUAAAAUUAACUACAUAUUCAAAAGAGUAGGAAUGAAAACUAGUUUCUCAGUUUUCCUAUUUAAAUAAUUUUUUUUUAGGUUUUCACAUUUAAAUUAUAUAUGAAAGGGGAGGGAAGACAUCAAGAUGAAGACCAAUUGCCAUAGGGGGCAUGACCCAAAAUAGGCUAAGAACCACUGUCCUAAGCCGUUUUUGGUAUUUUACCGUGACUUAAUGCUAUUGCUUAAUCAACUGUGACAGUAUAAGGUGAACCUAUGGCCCUGACUGUCACGAUUCUGCAGACUUUUCAAUAUUUCAUUUUUGUUCAUACAUCAAAAUACUGUAUAGUUUUUCAUUUAUGCAUUAUUGCAUUGUUGAAGUAUGGCAUAGCUGACAAGUGGUUAAAAAUCUAGGUAUAGCAAAAGGAGACUUUUAUUAAUACUACAUUUCACAUACACAAGACUAUCACGCAUUUAAUAAAGCCUCGCAUGUGAUAUGGCAUAUAAUAAGGUUUCCAUUUGCUAUAAGUGUCUUUAACCAUUAUUGCAUUAAUUUUUGCUAAUACUGUAAUUGGCUAAAUAUGAUUAAAGACAUUAACCUAGCCUAAAUAGCAUAGAGAAAUGUGUGACAUAUAAAGUAAAAAGCCUUUGUUGGUGUUAAGGCAGGUUGAAAGAGUCAGAGGUGAUAUAAUCAUGACAUACAAGAUACUUAGCAGUAUGACAGUUCCUUCCUAAUGGAAGGACCGAGUCAAAACACAAAUUGAAAUUUAAUACAGUGAUUCCUCGAGUUAAGAUUUACCCUCAAAGGACUCUAGUUUUGAGUUGCACUGAAAAUAUUGAGAUGCGAUACACAUUUGUGAUUUAAUUAUGCCAUCUUUUGUAUUAUCAAGUCAUUGUUGACCCUAAAGUGUGCCAUAAACAAGCAAUUUUUUGGAAGAUCAAAAAAAAAUUGUGAAAAAAAAAAAAAGAUGCAGGGGUUAGAAUUAGUAAGUGAAUGAUACUUUCCCCAACCACCCUUCUCUAUUAUCAAACAAAAGGACAUACAGGGUGUUCAAGAGGCUGACAAAUCUAAGCUAGUGAAAAAAGCAAGAGAAAUUAUCAGAUGGAAAAAACCGUUAUUGUGGCUAAGAGCAGCAGAUGAAUGUAGAUACAAAGCCUGCAAUUUAUAUCUGAGCGUGCAAGUUCAAGGUACACUUUCCAGAAUAAAUUAUUGUAAAACCACAUAUUUUGAUGUUUGAGUUACAAUAGUUUUGAGGUGUGAUAAGUGUUCUGGAAUGGAUUAAUAUACUAACCCAAGGGACCACUGUACUCAAAUGAGUAACAUAUUAGAAAGUUUUUUAACAUCAUGAUUGUGAUGUGGAACAGUAUAGGAUGUGAAGUAUAAAACAUACAUGAAUGUAAUAGUAGAUACAAUAGAAUGUAAAGUAGAAAAAAACUGCACCAGAUGAUUGAUCAUAAAGAAAUGGACUGAGAAACUAGAACUGAAGUCCAGCAAAUACAAAUAAGCAUACAGUAUUUAUACAUGGUCUUAGGCACUGGGGUACAGCCCCUGCCUAUGGUUGAAAUUAAGUAUAUGCUGAUGAACACAUGAGGAUUGCUUAACUAAACAGAAUAAGAUACCUGUCAUAUAUUUUUGAACAGUCUUGAAGCUGUCUCAAGGGUAAGACUGACUACACAAGAAACAGCCAAGUCACAUAAGACAGUACAGUGUACCAGACAGCCUGCCAACCAAGAAGGUUGCAACAUUGGCAGGAAUGGAGAUGCCACAGUUUAAACUAGAACCACUGUAUGACCAGUAUAGGUUUAGUGCUUGGUUAUUACUAUAAACUAAAACCUUGACCUAACACCCCUAUGAGAGAGAGAAACUAGGGAAACAUGAUUGCAACAUAAUACUCAGGACACAUCAGCAGCAACCAGGAGUAAAAACUAGUGUCAUUAAUGGAGGAAGUGUUAGGAUGGGCAAGGGUAAUAGUUCAAGGACUACCAUACUUCCUAUUCUCAAACAUGUGAAUAACUUACCAGAAAGGGCUUUUAAUAUUCAAGAAUACUAAGAUAAACAUUGCUUCCAGGGAGAUUGAGACAGGUUACAGUAGCAAUCAAACCAGUGGCUGCUGGAAUUUAGUCUAAAUUAGUGUAAAGUUAUGCAAGAAGGAAAAAGGAGAAACUGGAGAUGGAAUACAAACUGGGAGGAAAGAAACUGCUACAUUGGUGAACAAAAAAAUAUUGGGGCAUAAACAUUACUUAGUACAUAUGUCCUGAGAAACACGCCACCAGUUUUCGGGGCGUUAAUGUUACUUAGUACAUGUGUCCUGAGAAACACACCAACAGUUUUACUUUGGCAGCCAGUUUAAUGCUAGGAAAAGUAAUAGUCUUAAAAAACCUCAGUGAAGAAACCUUUAAUGGAUUAUAAAUUAUGUCAGGCUCAUCUUGGAAUACACAGUACCAGGUCUCACCUUUUCAAGUACAGUAUAUUCAGAAGCCUAAAAAUGUCCAAAAGUUUUUGAAACCAAAAUAGUCGCAGAGCUGAAUAGGUUGUUGUAUGAGGAAAGACUAGAAGUAAAUCUACUGACACCGGAAAAGAGAACCGGGAAAUAUGUGACUAGUAGACUAUAAGAUAGAAAGAAUUGAUAGGGUGGAUAGAGAUUUUUUUGACAAUCCAGUAACAAAGGGCCAUAGAAACUUUUUUGAAUUCAAUUCAAAGUUUAUUCUCUAUAAGGAUUACAAUGCUGAGUUUACAGAAUUUGGUUAUUGUGUGGUUUACAUGUAGUAAAGUACUAAUUACAGAGGGUGCCACUAGAACACCUAGCAUGGCUAGGCAUUUCGGGCAGACUUAGAUUAAUUCUCAUCAGUCACAAAGAUGUUGGGAAGUACUUUUUUAGUGUCAGGGUGGUAAGGAAGUUGAAUAAACUGACUAUGGAGGUAAACUCCAUACAUAGCUUUAUUAGUGGGUAUAAGAAGUCUUGAUAGGCCAAGUUCUAAUAAUGUCCUUCAAAGAGGUACAAAAGGUGGAGCUAACACAAGUCACUAAGUACAGGCAUGAGAAUUAAGAAAGGUGCUAAAGUGGAUGCAAGAAUACCUAGAGAAUAGAAUAGACUGUGGUAUCAGUGGCCAUGAAUAACUUCUCAUAUGAAACAAACAAAAAAGAUUACUAGAGAAGCCAUGGAAUUGAAUCCUGAUAGUCAAGAGGAUGAGAAGAAAAGGGAGCAAGAGGAUUGGAUAUAGAAUAUAGCAUGGGAGAGGAGACACUGCAAACUUGAAAUAAAAAGAUCUAUGAAUAACCAUUACACCAAGCAUAUCACUGAAAGUACAUAUCAAUUGUGUAACCUCAGCAGUCUAUGCUGAACUAGCUAACCUAGGAACUGCUUUCAUGAACCUUAACAACAAAUCAUUUAGGAUACUGUAUGAAACUUGCAAAAGGCCCAUCAUAUGCAUUGCCAUUAUCAAAGUCUGUAUCUGAUCAAGCAUAUAAAGUAAGAUAAAGUACUGCUAGAAGAUUCAAAGGUUCAAGACAAGAUUGGUAGUGGAACUCAAUAACCCUAGAAAUGAGGAAAACCAAGGAAACGUGAUUGACAAAAAAAAAAAAAAAAAAAAAAAAAAAGACCAUACAAGUGCUGGAACAGGUUGUUUAAAAUGCAAGAAAGAACGAGGAAACAUUAAAGGCAGCUAAACGCAAAUGAGCUAGGGAUGCUAAUUUUUUUUUUUUUUUUUUUUUUUUUUUUUACUCUCGGGGUAGAAAGUUAAACUAGGUAAAGAAGUGGUCGAGGCAGACACCAUACAGUUUCAAGAGUUGACAUAAUCGAUCCCUGGAGGCCAGGCAUCCAUAAAACACAUCAGUAGUAUGUGGAGCCUGGAGCUGUGACUUAAUCCUGGCAAACAUUAAUAAAUUAGUAAACACAAACUCAGCAAUGAAGAUGGCACACAAGUUUAGCACUGCUGCUGUAACUACUAGAAAAUUACUGAUAGAUAUACAUUACUGUACUCUCCAUUAUGCACACUGCAUACAUGUGUGCUGUAUAAUUAAAACAAACUUCUUGCAUGCGAGCACCAGAAUUUAAAUGCAUUUUGAUAUUGCAUAGCAACAUGUAACAUUGUGUUCUCUCAUUAGAAGAGGGAGAAACACUUAUGGUAUAUUCGCCAUUUUUAUUUGUAGUUGCUUAUAAAAAGUGAUUAUUUUUGUUGUUGUUUUUGACACUUAUACUUCAAAUGUGUGUGUCUGUAUCUUUCCUUCAUGUAACAUAGAACAGCUGAGGUUGAAGUUCUGCCAUUAGUCUCAUGGGUUGUGCAUCUCCAUUUUAUAUUUUCUCAUAUUUCUGCUAUUUUUUUUCUUCUGGUCUUCAGUUUUUUUUUUUUUUUUUUUUUUUGUGCUAUAUCCUGAUUUUGUUAAUUAUAUUAUGAUAUAAAUGAAGUUAGCAAAAGCAUUUUUAGCAAUGAUCAAUGUCAGUUCCUACAAAGAUUACUAUUGCUAACCUUUUGUGAUGGUUUUAUUUGUUAGAAUAUGCUUAGUAUUCAGGCAACUAGGUAACUGUUUAUUACAUUUUGUUGACUGAAGGUAUGGCACAGUAUCAGCAGAGGUUGUGCUUAAUUUUCUCUGCUAUUUUUCCUUGAAAUAGCAGAUACUGUCUUUACUAUAUUCUAGUCAUGUGAUAUAGUUAGUAUCAGUACACUGAUCUGUAUUGUCUUGUAUUGAAGAAUGUAAUGGAUGAUGCAGAUAUUGAGGUAUAUUAUUUACAUGUUUUUCAGUGCCUCUGAAUAUAUUAAUGGACUUAAUAAUGUCUCGCAAGACUGCAAAUUUAGAGCUACCCCUCUUUGAUAUAUAGUAGAAAUGUGCUUGUGUUUUUUAUGAGACUGAUGUUUGUUAAGGAUAUAUUAUUGCAAACUUCUCAUCCCUCCUUGCUCUCUCCUUCAAUCUCUGCUUCUCUACUCUUCACUUCCUCUUCAUUCUCUUAAUUUUAUUCUUCCUCCUCCUAAUAGUGAAAGAUAUGGAUUUAUUCCUACAUACACAUGAGUGUAGCAGUAAUGCAUUACUUCUCAUGAUGAACGAGGUUUGCUCAGACUCAAGUUUUCUUAUUAUUGUACGGUGUGAAAUUUGUUUUCUUAAGACUCAGGAGGAUACCAUUCCUGUGAAUGGAGAGAGCAUAAAUUAUCUAACCUAGUGACAAAAAAAAAAAAAAAAAAAAAAAAAAAAAGGCAAGAUUUUUACAUAACUUAUUUGGUGAGAGACUUCUACAUUAUUACAGUACGUUGGGUAGAUACACUGUAAUGGAAAUCGAAAAAUGCACUACAGUAUACAAGUUUUAAUAGUGCUUCUGGCAGGUAAAAUAAAUAUACUGUAAUAAUGUAUAAUUUUUGUCAGUUUGUCAGAAUAAAAAAUAUACAUUCAUGGUCAUACAGUAUUGUGAUUGCAAAAAUUAUGAAGUACUGUAAUUUUUUUUUUUUUUUUUUUGUGUAGAUUAUUGUAUUCAUAAAGUGUACAGUAGCUGUAUUAUGCAUCUCCAUUAAAACUUGGUAUAUUUUUAAAUUUUUUCUGAAAAGUUGCAGGAGUUGAAAUUUUGAGCUGGAAAGAUCAUAAUGAUUUUUAGUUUUGUGCAGCUACAGGUAGUUUAUAAAUGUUUUUUCUUAAGCAGUAGUAUCUUAAAUUAAUAAUUCUCCUAAGAUAGUGAGGGCACUGGUUUUGUACUUAGGCAUCUGUAAAUGAAUCUUUCAGUGUAAAAGAUGCUCUCUCUUCAUUUUACAGUGUAAUAGUGACUAUGUUUUGGGCCUGUGGCCAUUUCUUAGUAUCAAGUAUAUGAACCGGCAAGUGAAAGUGUAUUCAACAUGCUGAGUGUUUAUUUUUUUAAUUGAAGAAGCAUAUUAAUUAUGUUAGUAUCAAUUGAUUUCUGUGAACUCUGUAUAUCACAUUCCAGUGUUACCAUUAUCCAUUAAUGUUAAUUUCUUCGACUUUGCAAAAUUUUAUUUAGUAUCUUGUGUCUGUAUUAACUAUUCAGUAAAAUACUUUUUUUCAUUUUAAGAUCUCUCUGGAAAAUGUUUUUGCUUGUCAGAAGUAACAUAAUUGAAUAAUUUUGCACCUAGCUUUUUCAACUUCAAUUUUGGGAUAAAUGUUUGAAAUGUGGUGUCAGCAUUUCAUAGAUAUAAAAUUUAUAAAUACUGUACUGUAUUAAUCUGCUAUGAAACAGGUAAAGGCAUUUACAGUAUUGUAGUAUUCAACUUGAGCAAUAUGGUAUAGGGAGAUGUGCUCAGUGGUACAUCAUCUGGAUGCAAGUCUUGUGUUGAAACAGGACUGUCUUACAGUUAAAUAUAAUACAUUCUUUAAGGGCACAAAUUUUCAAAAGUUGUAUGAACUGUGAAUCCUUAACUUGAUCUCCCUCAUUGCUUAUACAGUACAUAUACAAGGUGGUUAACAUAAUUGAAAUUUUUCGAAAGGUCUAUUAUUUCACCUAAAAAAAUAUGCAAAUAACUAAUAAAUAUGUAAGAACAUGA